AUGAGUGAGAAGGAAGGAACAUUGAUAAGAAGAUUCAAAGUUGUUGUGAAUAGGAAUAUACUUACAAGAACAUUAGGAUUAAAUUUGCAAAAAAGAAUUCAAAUCGCAAAGUACCCUCACAAUACAAAUAGCCAAGCCAGACGAACUCCAAAAGCUCAUGUUGCUGCUUGGCAGGGGUUGUCUAGUGUUCAAACUCCGGCAACUCCAAAACAAAUGAAAACACCAAAAACCAUGAUACCCGUUUACCACCACUUGUGGUUUUUUCUUCUACUUCUUCUUUUCACUUUCCUUGUUCUCUCCACUUGCUUAGUGAAGGCUAAUCACAACUCACUCCUUCAUCGCAUUCCCGUUCAUGACAACGCUUUCAUUAAAUUGAUCAAUAAAUUCACAAACCAACGAUGGCAGGCAGGAGUCAACAAUGUCUUUGCAAACAUGACACUAGGUCAAAUACAACAACAAAUUUCAAGAAACAGCAUUUCUCUUCGCGAAAGAGAUCCCUUUCAACCCAAUGUUCUUCCAUCUUUUCAUAAAAGAUGUUCAAAUCUUCCGAUCGAAUACUCUCUUCUUUCCGAUCCAUUAUACUUUAACUGCACUCAACUGCAUUCAAUUCGCCAUGACAUGAAUUGCGGAUGUUGGGCCUUUGCCAUUGCUGAAGCAGUGGGUGAUCGGUUCUGUGUGACCUCAAAGACUCUCAUCAAUCAUGUCCUCUCGCCUCAAUGGUUGAUUUCAUGUGACAAGAAUGAUGGAGGUUGUGAGAGUGGUUCAUUCGACACUGGUUUGCAAUUCGUGGAACAAGUAGGAUUAGUGACUGAAUCGUGUGUCCCAUUUGAAGCGAAUGAUAACAUGGCUUGUCCUUCGUAUUGUUCAAACAAUGGACAACCCAUCACGCGCACAUUUAAAACCACACAUUCACGCCUCUUUAACGUAACUGAUAUGGAAUCAGUUCAAAGAAGCAUUCUCUCGAGUGGAACUAUUAUUGCAGGAAUGAAAGUUUAUCGAGAUUUUCUCAACUAUAAAAGUGGAGUCUAUCAUCAUGUCGCAGGAUCGUGGUUGUUUAAUUUGGCUGUAAAAAUUGUUGGAUGGGGAGUUCAGCAAGGUACAGGAGUGCCUUAUUGGAUUGCAGCAAAUUCUUGGAGUUCGGAAUGGGGAAUGAAUGGAUAUUUUUUGAUAGCAAGAAACCAAAACGAGUGUGAACUGGAAAUGAACAUGUGGGAGACGACUCCGGUCUUGCCUUCCCAACCCUACAGCAUGCUCGAGAAGAAGUGGAAUUAA